AUGCCUACACCUACUCUGCCUGAUGUAGCUGCAUUCGAAUUCACAGAUGUGCCAUUUCAAUGCCACUGGUGGGCGGGGCAUGUAGAUGGAAGGCUACUACACGAUUGCCCUUUGCUCAAACUAGCUGGAGUUGGGUUGCAGACAUGGAGCCUCGACAUUCUCCACGGCUGGCAUCUAGGCCCUCUACAGUUACUUGUUAGCUUAGCUCUGAAUUAUUGUCUUGACUCCAAUUUGUGGGCACCGCAAACUGAUGGUCUGGAUGCUAAAGACAAACGCCACCUGUCACUUCUCGCUAUCAAAGCAGAACUGUUCCAAUUCUACAAAGAGAAGCGGAAGGAUCCAGAUUGGGUCUGGAACCUGACUUUGACUAUGCUUGGCACCUACGACAAUCCGAGCCUGCAUGCGAAAGCUGCUGAAUCGCAUGGUCUCGCAAAGUUUGUUUGCCACCUGCUUGAGACGCACAUGGAUACUUUCACAUCCCGGAUGCCAGAAAACAUGGCAAGGAAGGGGAAAUAUCUUUUUGAGGCUGCAAAAGCAGCAAACAAACUGGAUACAGUGUUUAGUGCUGAAUCUAGAACGUUUUCAAGAAAACAAGUGCAGGAAGCAUUGGGGACAUACCUUAGGUUUUUGCGGUUCUACAGCAAAGCUGAUGGACCCACUACCCCAAAGUGUCACUUUAUGAUUCACCUUAUUCAGCGUGCGCUUUUCAAAGGAAACCCACGCAAAUACAGCACGUACAGGGAUGAAUCCUUCAAUGGAUUAAUAGCCAAGAUUGCAAGGGCAUGCCACAGGAGGACUUGGGCAAAUGUGAUUCACUGGAAACGCCAGGGUUUGCACAAGAAGCACCGCGAUCUGGCUACCGCCAAGAUGUUUCAAAAAAGUCGCUGA